GAUACUCCUUCCUACCUACCCUAGCGAAACAUUUACACUACAGUGAGUCAGUUAACAAAACCCAACAACGAAAGAUUAGAUGAGUGAGUGUCGUGAGUUGAUACAUUUUCAGACAAAAGCCUCAUAAGAUUAGGACCUUCACUCCCGCCCCUCAAAUUUACUACUUUUCUUUUCUGUCCUUAAAUUUCUUUUACCAUUUUAUUUUCUUUCCUCAAGAUAGACACGAAAUGAUGCUAAGGCUCUGGAAGUGGUACCAGAACUGCCUGGCUUUUCAUCCGGUGAAGACCCAGGUCAUCAGCUCCGGCUUCCUCUGGGGUGCCGGCGACGUUGCUGCUCAAUACAUCACCCACACUUCCGCAAAAAGGCGCCUUAAAAUUUCAGAUGCAGAGGCAGAUUUUAAAGUGAAUUGGAAACGAGUAGCAAUCACUAGUUCAUUUGGUUUUGGUUUUGUUGGACCUGUUGGCCACUUCUGGUACGAAGGCUUGGACAAGUUUUUAAGGCUGAAGCUUCUUCAACAGCCAAAGUCAUUGCGGUUUGUGGCCACUAAGGUCGCAAUGGAUGCUAUCAUCUUUGGCCCUCUUGAUUUGUUUGUCUUUUUCACAUACAUGGGCUUUUCUAUGGGGAAGAGUGUUCAACAAGUGAAGGAAGAUGUGAAGAGGGAUUUCAUCCCAGCCUUGAUUUUGGAGGGCGGUAUAUGGCCAAUUGUUCAGGUGGUGAAUUUCCGGUAUGUCCCAGUAAGGUAUCAGCUACUCUAUGUUAAUAUCUUCUGCUUGUUGGAUAGUGCUUUUCUGUCAUGGGUUGAGCAGCAAAAGGAUGCUGCUUGGAAGCAAUGGUUGUCUUGGAACUCUUUCAAAGAACGAGGAGGUUCGGGAAGAUUGUGAUUCUUCUUCCUAUCCUCUUGCACUAUUACCCCCCUUUCAUUGUAUUACACCAAAAAAGAUUGUAUCAGAGUGUUUGAUCGAGGGUGAAAUAAUUGGCCCCUCCUAAAAUUACUGGCUUCGAUUUUCAAGCCAGCAUCUCGGGAAUGAUACUGUUCUUUUCUUUGUUA